CACACACUCUCUCUCUGUGAAUGAACACACACACGCGUGUCUUCUGUGGGAUCUAGUUGCUCGGAUGUGUCUCUGCUGUCUGCUGUUCCACUGCAGGUUCGGAGGCUGCUGAUCCCCCGCUCGGUUCCUCAGACUAUGAGCGACCCGUCUCGGCCGGUUCCGCCCAGUAGAGUCCGGUCAGACGGGAUCUCGAGAUGUCUGCGUGUGGAGAGUUUGCAGAACACGUGUGGAAACCCGGCUCGUGUAAGAACUGCUUCCACCCGCGCAGCGCCCACCGCCAGCCGGGGCCCGAGCGAGCCCGCGCGAGUGUGACCGCGGACGACGAGGAUGGGGGGACGUCCCCCUCGCCCUACAGCAAACCCACCAUCGCUGUCCGGCCCACCAUGAUGAACAUCGACGUCACAGCCGAGGUCAACACGGACAUCAACAUGAACACAGAACAGAGCAACCAGAAGACCUCUGCUGGACUAAAGAAAGCUCUGGAUUUGGCUCCUCUGUACAUCGAUAGCAAUGGAUGUAAUAGAUCUCUAAGAGAAGCCAUUAUACAAAACGGCAUCUCCGGGAAGAAGUUUUCCCCAAACGUUUGUUCACCCACUGGAUUCUCCAAAGACUGCAUGAUUAUCAGCAGUGUAUUUGUGAGUCAGGAAGAUGGCUGCGUUUCCCAAAAUCUGAAAGAGAACGGGAGCGAUGGCCCCUAUAGACAGAUGACCAAAGUGGUCAAGAGCACUUACACCAAUGGAGAUUCAUGUCUUCACAACGUGACUCAAAGAACCAAUGGAAACAGUGAUGGAGUUACGAGUCCUCUAAGAGUAUCCGUAGAGGAAAGGCAAGCCAGAUCCGCACCAGGGAAUGGGACGCCAAGUACGCCAUCUCCAAUGACUCCAGACUCCUUCCAUGAAAGCUUGUCGGACUCGUGCUCCAAUCGGAGCAGCACGGAUUCAUUACCGGGACCUCAAAACUCAAGCGCUCCGCCAAACGGGCUUGAGGAAAGCGAGCCGAUCUACGCUGAGAGCACUAAGAGGAAAAGGCGAACGCCGUGCGACGGGAAGGAGUCUGAAACGGAGCUCAACGCAAGCGACUCUCAGAGAGCAACCAUCACAGUCGUAGCCGCCCACACCGAAGAAAACAACAGGACUUUUUACCUAAGCAGCCCGGAUUCUGCCGUAAGCACUCAGUGGACCCACUUCAGCCCGACGGCGCCCAAAGACUCGUCAAGCCCGGCGUUCACUUGGCCGGACGCAACCGAAGGAACUUCUAACGCCUCCCAACCCAAGCCUCAAUCCAGUCCCCCAGUUCCUCCUAAGAUUAACUCCCGUCCUCCCAGACUUGGCACCUCCAGUCUUUCCCUACCGCUACCCGAGAUAAGCUUUACCAUGGUUCUUUCUCCAAAAGAAAUGGCUCCCGUUCCUUCCCAAGUGGACUCCAUUGCUGCAGUUCGCUCGGCUCCGGUCCGUAAACACCGGAGUAUGGAAGACUGUAUUGACGAGGCGGAAGAGGAGGGAGAGUCUGAGAGAUCGGGCUCCUGUACCCGUCCGGUUGAGUCCAUCAAUGGUCCCGCUGUUCGGGGGUUUGUGUCCAGAGAAUGGAAGAGCGAGAGCAGUGCGACGCCAGGCACCGGCAACAAAAGCACCAGUCAGACUCCGGCUGGCGUCCCAGAGAAGAACGGGAAAACCAGCGAGAGCACCAGAGCUCAUCUCCACCAGACCACCGAACCCAGCGCCGGUCGAGAUCCCGUUCCGCCGCCUCCACCUCCCAAAAAACACCACCGGGUGUGUAACCGAGCGAGUGGCGGUAACAUGGACCAGGGGUCGGUGGAGAGUCUGAGCCAGUCGCUGAGAGGACUGAACUGCUCCACAGACAGCCUGCAGGCGCUCUCUGACGCCGACUCCACCCUCCGCUCCUGCCCCUCCCCAUUUCCCAGCAGCCCGUUUGGCUCCGCCCCCGCGUCGCCGCAGCCCGACGUGUUUCCUAGCAACAGUCUCGUUCAUCAGCUGACUCCGCCUCCGCUGCCACAGAAGAAGCUAGUAAACCGCACCACAUCGGCUCCUAGCGAGUCUGGCGUCAAACCGCUAGCCCGUAGCCGCCCACGCCUCCCCUUCAGCGGCUCCGAAACCAACGUUAGCCGCCCGUCCGCCGCGCCUCCGGCUAGUCCCGUGGACCCGCGCGCGCUGUUCUCCAGCUCGUCCCCGCAGCUCAACACGCUACCGGCCGCCGGCUCCACGCUACACGCGCUGCUCAGCAACAUGGACAGCCGCGAGGGCAUCUACUCCAAGCUAGGCGGCCUGUACGCGGAGUCCCUGCGGCGUCUGGCGCUGAAGUGCGAGGAGCAUUUCACCAGCAACCAGAGGAACACGCUGAGAUUCGACGAGAGCAACUGGUCCCUCUUCAAACUGACCUGCAACAAGCCCAGCUGCCUGUCUGGAGACGCCGUGUAUUACUCCGCCUCCUGCGCGUCAGACACGCGCAACAUGUACGCCGUGAAGAUCUGUAAAGGCGAGUCGGCGGACAGCAGACAGGCUCAUCUGUACGGUCUGUCGGUGCAGCAGAGCGUCCCGCCUCACUUCAGCCUUCAGCAGGACUGCGGUCACUUCCUAGCCUGCGUCCCGCGUAGCAUGCUACCUAGCGAUGAGCGCGCGGCGGGGCCAUCCGAGCAGGAGCGUGUGGUGGUGAUCACGCGCGAGGUUCCUCACCAAACCGUGGCGGAUUUCGUGCGGGAGUGGGAGUCGUUCCACCGCGCGCAGCCGGAGGUGUACGAGCGCCGCGUGUGUUUCUUGCUACUACAGCUGUGCACCGCGCUGGAGCACCUCAAAGCGCACGGUGUCACGCACCGCGACGUCUGCAUGGAGAACCUUCUGCUAGUUACACACCGCCGCGCCGACCCGCAACAGCAGAGCCUCCCGCGCCUCCUCAUCAGCAACUUCCGCAAAUCAAAACGGCGGAACGCAGACGAGGUCGCGAUUAGCGGGGAUCCGCGUUUUAAGCGAGAUCACGCGCGACUAGCGCCGGAAAUCGUUUCUGCUGCACAAUAUCGGAAAUUCGACGAAUUUCAAACCGGGAUUUUAAUUUACGAGCUCUUGCAUCGGCGGAAUCCGUUCGAGGCGACGGCGGCGGCUAAGCAGUACAGCUGCGAGGAUUUGCCGCCAAUCCCGAGCGUUUCGCUAUACUCGUCCGGGUUGCAGCGGCUAGCGCACCUGCUACUGGAGCCGGACCCCGGGCGCCGCGUACACAUCCAGGACGCUAAGCGGAUCCUGCAGGCGCUGCUGUGGGGGCCGCGGCGGGAGCUACUGGAGCAGCCGUGGGUCCGCGGGAGAGUCGCGCCGCCGCGGCACGACGGGCUAAUGAACUGGCUGGACGUGAAGCGCGCGCUGCUAAUGAUGAAGUUCGCGGAGCGCUCGCUGGAGCCGGAGAGGAACGCGGAGCUGGAGGACUGGCUGUGCUGUCAGUACUUCUCCACUGCUAACCCUAAAGCGCUGUGUCAGAGCGCGGAGCUGCUGUACAACCUGCCCUUCACACACUGAAGACCAUCCCGCUCACACACGCGCUCACACACACGCCGGUCCCGUGUGCAUGAGAUCUGAUGUGUGUGUGUGUGUGUAAAACACUGUGUUCUUCACUGGACGGAUCGCCGACUGAACGCUUGCGCUUUAACAUUCCACUCUUUCGUUGGAGCUCCUCUGAUGCGCCUCAUGCACAGAUGCUCUGCAGAAGAGAACACUUACAGAUUUGGUAUUGAGACAUUUUUUCAUGAAAAUUAAAAAGCAAAUG